AUGGCUCUUCAACUCCUUUCUCUACUCUGUCUUAUCCUCACCACAGCAGCCUUCCCCGUCUCCGAAGUGGACGUCGCAAUCAUCGGCGCAGGCUUAUCCGGCCUUUCCGCCGCCAAGGACCUCGCCGCCGCCGGCAGGUCUUUUGCUAUACUUGAAGCCCGCGAUCGCGUCGGAGGCCGUGUCCUGAACGUCGAACUUCCAGGCGGUAUUGUUGAGGAAGUUGGGGCCGAGUUUGUGGGUCCAACGCAGGACCGGGUUCUAGCACUUGCUGCUGAGCUCGGUUUGACUACCUAUCCGACCUAUAACACUGGAAACUGCACUUUACUAAGAAACGGUACGGUUACCAAUUAUCCAUGCGAAUUGGGUAGUGGUAGCCUUCCUCCCUUGACCACUGAGGCUUUAAUCGAGGUUUUCACACUCCAGCAGCAACUGAAUGCCCUCGCCGCCGAAAUCGAUGUGGAGACACCCUGGGACCAUCCCAACGCCUCUAUAUGGGACACUAUGACUCUGGAGACCUUUCUCGCCUCGCAGCUUACAUUGUCUGAUGCGAGGUUUCUCCUCAAUACAUUCGUUACUGGGAUCUUGGCUACUGAGGCUAAUGAGCCGUCGCUGCUUUAUAUGCUCGCUUAUAUCGCGGCGAGUGGGAAUGAGACUGAGGUCGGAACUUUGGAUCGGCUUAUUGAUGUGGCGGGAGGAGCGCAAGAGAGUCGUAUAGUUGGCGGAACGCAGCUGAUAGCGUUGAGAUUAGCAGACAGACUUGGAGCAGAGAAUAUUAACCUCCGCAGUCCUGUUCAGAGAGUCCUGCACUGUAACGGACGGUACAUGAUCAACACAAACGGUACCCAAAUCAGCGCAAAGCGAGUCAUCGUCGCAAUGUCCCCACCCAUGGCUGCACGCAUCUCGUACGACCCGCCCCUCCCCCCAGCACGAGACCAACUCACUCAGCGCAUGGGCAUGGGCUCAAUCGGCAAAGCAAUCGCUAUUUAUCCCACCCCUUGGUGGCGUGAACAGGGGUGGAAUGCGCAAGCGCUGGCUGAUACAGGCAUUAUCCGCAUCACGUUUGACAACACCCCGGCUGAUGUAUCCUUUGGGGCUAUCAUGGGGUUCAUUGUCGGGGACGAAAUGAGACGCGUGGACAAGAUGAACAAGACGGAGAUUGAAGCAGCAGUCAUUGACAGCUUCGUGGGUAUGUUUGGUCCACAAGCUGCGCAUCCCGACCGUGUGAUCGUUCAGCGUUGGGACUGGGAGGAGUAUUCGCGCGGCGGUCCGGUCGCAUAUGCGCCUCCUAGUGUGCUCACUGAUUAUGGAGCGCAUCUUAGGGAGUCGGUGGAUGGAAUUUACUUUGCUGGGACGGAGGCGUCCUUCUACUGGACUGGGUAUAUGGAUGGGGCUGUUCGGUCCGGGGAACGUGUGGCGGCGGAGGUGUUGAGAUCGUUGCAGUGA